AAGCCUAGUUUUUCAGCCCUUUUUUUAAGACUGAAAAAGCCCCCCUCGGCUUAUACUCGGGUGAGGGUCCUGGUUGGCUUAUAUUUGGGUCAGCUUAUACUCGAGAAUAUAUGGUACAUUUAUUAUUUUUCUCCAUUAUUGUUGCUACUAUUAUAUUUAUUUUACUCUAUUUUUAUUAUUAUGAUUAUUUUAUUAUGUCACAGCAAACAGGAUAGAUAUGCUGGAUUUCGUAUCACAAAAUCACAAGUCGAACACUUCCCAAGUGUCUAGGACUGUGUGAUGUAUUUUCGGAUGAUGCAUGCAGAUCCCAGUAGGGUGGCCUUUUGCAGUUGGCAGAUUGUGAUUUUGUCAAUGUCUAUUGUUUCCAAAUGCCGGCUGAGAUCUUUUGGCAUUAUUAUUAAUACAUUUAUUAUUUCACCCUGAUCUUAUUAUUAUUACAUUUAUUAUUCAACUCUAAUAUUACAUGUAUUAUUUUCCUGUAUUUAUCAUUAUUAUUAUUACAUGUAUUAUUUUACUCUAUUAUUAUUAAAAGGAUACAUAAGCACACUUACAUUGAAGAAGAUGAGAAUAAUGCUUUAAUCGGAGUUGGGCAGUCUUAUCUUAAAUUUGAGCUUUAUGUAAAUAUUCAAAAACAUUUAACCUACUGAUGCCUUAAUUAAUGUAAUUUUAUUGUAAUAAUUAAUGUAAAAUUAUUUUCAUUUCUGAAAUUUACCACCCUCGGCCUGGAGUCAAUGUUUUCCCAUUUUUUUGUGGUAAAAUUAGGUGCCUCGGCUUAUAUUUGGGUCGGCUUAUACUCGAGUAUAUACGGUAAAUAGCCUUUUUGUACCUGGCAGGAUGGUCAAGGAGCUGGGACAUCUUGCCUUGGAGGACCAUUCAUUGGCAAGGUCCAUGCUGCGAUUUGGAGAGAGAGAGAAAGGCAUAAAAUGUGUAAAAUGAUACAGAUAUACAAGUGUCCCAUGUUUUUCGAUGACAGCUCUUUUGCCUCUUCUAAAUUAUACCCAGAUCUCAUAUAAUAUUUAAUGCAUGGUCCACAUUUUUGUCAUUGCUUCCAUGACUACUUUGCAACUACGGGCUGUUAUUCUCCUACUAUUUGUUGAUUCGGUGCCUUUUUCUCUCUCAGUUGACUCAGCACCAACUUUUUUGUUCAGUCUGUGUUCUGUCUGCGUCUAUUAUGUAGUAUUGGACCAUAUUAGACCAUAGUUUUUCCAUGCUUAUAAUCCAGUUUUCGAAUUUACAGUUGUUAAUGGCUGAAUAUGACUCCAAAACGCCAUUGGGUUGGGUUGCUAUCUGGUUUAGGAAGAGGAUGUGUGGCAUAGGCAGAAGCAGCUACAAGGAUGAGGUUCCCACAUCAGUAGCUACAUCUGACAUUGCAGAAUAUGUGUCAUUGUGUUGUCGAAGGCUUUCAUGGCCAGAAUCACUGGGUUGCUGUGAGUUUUCCAGGCUGUAUGGCCAUGUUCCAGAAGCAUUCUCUCCUAACAUUUCACCCACCUCUAUGGCAAGCAUCCUCAGAAGUUGUGAGGUCUGCUGGAAACUGUACAAGUGAGGUUUAUAUAUCUGGAAUAAUGUCCAGGGUGGGCUCAUAAGAGGUUGCAUUCCAGGUAGUCAUAAAUACGGUGAGCCUGUGGUUUUUUGAAAGUCAUUUUGGGUGUGGGAAAUUGUGGGAUAGCAUCUGUGUCUCUGCAGCAUAGAAGGAAGCUUAGGUAGCACGGUAGAUGUGCUUUCCUGGACAUCUACUGUUUUUCCAUGUGUCUUGGAACAGUUUCUCCAGAUGUUCAACAGUUUCCAACAGACCUCACAAUCUCUGAGGAUGCCUGCCAUAAAUGUGGGCAAAACAUCAGGAGAUGAUUUUAGGUAUGGCUGACCUGAGAUGAUUUUAAACAAUUGAUUUUAAGUGGAGAUUUUAAUGUUUAUGUAUUUAUAUCGUAUUUAAUGUUCUGGCAUUGAAUGUUUGCCUUAUAUAUGUUGCGCUCAGCCCUGAGUCCCCUUUGGGGUGAGAAGGGUGGAAUAUAAAUGUUUUAAAUAAAUAAAGAAGAAGAAGAUAAUGCUUCUGGAUUAUGGCCAUACAGCCCGGAACACUCACAGCAACCCAUAUGUGCCAUUGUUUGUUCCGAAUGACUCUCAGACUCUUAAAUGAAAGCCUCACUUUCCAGUUUGGGAAUGGUGGCCUUGGUUUGCCUACUGCCUUCCAGAGUACCCUGUUUCGCCCAAAAUAAGACCUACCACGAAAAUAAGACUUAUAAUGAUUUUUCAGCAUUUCUGAGAAUGCUUGAAAUGUAAGCCCUAUUUCAAAAACAAGCCCUUAAUUUAAAAAGUCACUUUGGACAAACAAGACUGCCCCUGAAGACAAGCCCUGAUGCAUCUUUUGGAGCAAAAAAUAAUAUAAGACCCUGUUUUAUUUUUGGGAAAACAGGUAUGAGUGUCCUCCAUGAAAGGUUAUGGAAGGAAACUCUCAUAUUGAUCUUUUAGCUCCCAGUGGCCUAUACUUUUUGGUGUUGUAAUGUGUUUAGCUAAGCCUAAUGAUCACAGAAGGAAAAAGCACAGUCUCCCACUGACUGAAUUGAUGGUCAUAUGGAUUUGUGACUAUACAAAAAUACACACUCAACCAAAAUCCUUCCAUCUGCUUCAAAUAAGCCCAAGGCAGGAGGGGAAAAUAAUCCCUUUUCGUGCGAACAACUCAUUGGUUAAGCAGGGCCAGUCCUACAAUUAGGCAGAGUAAGGCUGUUCCUUUGGACAACAGAGUGGUAUAACAGCAAAUUGUUUUUUUAAUGUUGCCUUCUUUUUGCCUGUGUAAUAUUCUGCCCAGUGUGCCAAAGUAGCUCAACUGGCUUUGGGUAUGAAUCCACCUUGACUUGGGCAAAUGGGAGUCAGCAAAAAUGUGUUGUCCUCCCCUCGGUUGCUAAGACACACUGGGAAAAUGGGAUCGAUCCAGCCCUUCUAAUUAGAUUUGCGGUAUCAAGCCACAACUCGGACCUCCCAGGUAAUGAGGGACAGUCUCCACUUUGGCUUGAUAGAUGGAGGAGAAAAAGACGGGGAGGCCGAGCCAGCUGUUCAAUGAGGCCUGCUUAAGUGGCCAAUGAUGUUGAUAGAUGGCUAUAAAACGCUGCCGCAUUUGUCAUGCUUAGCUGGGGAAAGGGGCCGGAGCACUCAAAAAAAAAUCAAACACUCCCAACACAUUUCAUGGGAGAUGUGGCAUUUGACUAGGUUUGUAUGCCUGGCUGCUUUCUCUGACUAGCAAAGGUACAAACGCCUUGGCUGAUCGUUUUCUAUUUAAAAUUAUAUUGAGGCUAAAUAGGAUGAAAAUGUAACCAUUCCGAGUAGGAAGACGAAACUGCAAUUCUGAAUUAAUGGAAGGAUCGGGCAAACCAUCUGCAAGGAGGUAUGCAGAUUCCUUCCUUUUGCCAUAUUUGUGACUCCAAGAAGCCAAUAUCACAAGACUAAAGCGUCAUGUUCUUUAGGAAAUGUAAUUAUAUUAGUAGGCCCCAGUCUUGCAAGGGAAACAGCUCAAGGAAACGGCACCUGUCAGUGGAGACUUCUAGUGGCAUUUGGAAACUUCAUGUCAAAGUGUCAAUCUUUUCCAAAAUGGGAUCCAUACCUUGGUAAGAAGAAACCAGCCUUGGCCAGAAAUGGAUUCCUUUUCAUUGAACACCUCUUUUGGAAACGAUACGGACUAUUACGAAGAACUUUCCUUUUCCUUGUUUGAGAUUCCUGUCUUGAUUCCUGUGACCAUCAUUUGCAUCAUCAUGUUUUUCUUGGGCGUAGCUGGAAAUGUGACCAUUAUUCUAAUUUUUAAGCGGUAUAAAGGGAUGAGGACGACAGUGAACAUGUACUUAUCCAGCAUGGCUCUGUCCGAUAGCCUGAUUUUGCUCGGCUUGCCGUCCGACUUGUACAGGAUCUGGAAGUACAAGCCGUAUGUCUUUGGUGAUUUCCUCUGCAAGUUUAUUUUCUACCUCAGCGAGACCUGCACGUACUCCAGCAUUCUCCACAUCACCACUUUGAGCGUCGAGAGAUACUUUGCAAUCUGUUUCCCCUUGAAAGCCAAAGCGACCAUUACGAAAAGCCGCGUCAAAGGCAUAAUCCUGCUACUAUGGCUUUGCUCGCUCGUGACGGCUCUCCCGGUGCUCUUUCUCUUCGGCGUAGAGCAUCGCAACGGGAGCCUUCCGGAAGAAACGAGCGAAUGCAAAUACAUAAAGGAAGCGGCUCGCUCGGGGCUCCUAGAGACCAUGACAUGGCUUUCCACCCUUUAUUUUUUCCUACCUGUGUUUUGCUUGGUUCUCCUUUAUGGGAUGAUCUGCAGAAAGCUCUGGAGGACGGCACACAACCUGGAGGGCCAGCAUGCUCCCGCCAGAGAGAGGUAUCACCAGCAAACCAUCAAGAUGCUAGCCGUGGUCGUCUUGGCUUUCAUUCUGUGUUGGCUCCCCUUACAUGUCGGACGGAUCCUUUUUGCCCAAGGAAGUGUGGGCCUCUACGAGAUCAGCCAGUACUUCGAGAUCAGCCAGUACUUCAACCUUGUCUCGAUGCUGCUGUUUUAUCUCGGCGCGUCCGUAAACCCCAUCCUUUAUAACGUCAUGUCCCAGAAAUACAGGAAGGCUGUGUGUACGUUCCUCAAUCAGAAGCAAGCCUGGCAGUCGAGGGCCUCAUGCAGGAGCGACAAGGCUUCUGUUGAAGGUAUGGAAAGAAGUUCUUUCGUAUAAAACAGUGUUGGAAACAGCUCCCAAAUAUCUGUACGAUCUCCCUCUUUCACCAGCCUUCAAAUUUGAGUUUCAAGUGGCCAACUGCAGCAAAGGCGGGAUGAUAACUUCUUACUUUAUGAAUUGUAACAUUUGUUUGCCUUUUUAAAGUUUUGUUUUUUAUUUGUUA